AUGCGUGGUGGUAAGUCAGUGGCGUUGUCUUGUGCAGAAAAGUUUCGCGAAAAGUGAAAUUGUUCACUAUCUUGCGGCCAUAAAUUCAACAUGAGACGGAAACAGGUGCAACGGAAGCCUCGCUGCUCGGAGAGGCUCAAGGAGAAGUGCGGCGCUGCAUUGGACUGCCUGGAAGCUAAACGGUCAAAUAAGGGUUCUUUGAAGACGGCAGGACCGCGUUGUUUGGUAAAAAGACAGAAAGUUGAAAUUGCUGAAACGGAAACCGAGAAGGGGCCAAACGACAGACGGACAGUGGAUUGCAGGGAAGCAAACGAUUCCUCAAAAAGCCGGAUUUCAAUGAAUUGCGACGAGGAGCAACGCGUGGGAGAGGCCGCGGUGGGAGGGCUUUGCGCUGAAAGCAUCUGCAGAAAUCCAGAGGACUUGGGGGAGCGGGGGGAGACGGAAAACGGAGCACAAAGGACUUUGGAAUUGGAGCACAGCGGUUUGAAUGGCAGCCUGGAGGAAGCGGAGGAGAGCGAAACGAAUAUGCAGAUGGAGAUGGACAACAGUGUUUUCUUCGACGAGGACAGUAACCAAGUCAUGCCAGUGGGGCAGUUCUUUGGGAAUAUAGAGCUCGUACAGGAUUACCCACCGAGAGCCCAUGCUGCAGUGGCCAUGAGCAGAAGACAGUACAGGAGGUUACACUACAUCGCCAAGGAGGACAGCGAUGACGACGUCUACGAGGACAGCUACCUCGAGACAUUGCAGCACAACGGAUCUUCCCCUCCAGACAAUUUCAGCAGUUCCAAACAAUCAGGAAGCUGCAUAAGAAAUGGGAGCAGGUGAGAGGGGCCCAGCAGCACAGAAAGAAUCGUAAAAAUGGACUGCUCUGAUGACCAUCAAAAGUACAAUGCCCAAGCAUUUUCCUUCUCAUGUGGAGGACUAAUAUCUUCAUGCCAGCUUUUACCAAAGGUGUUUAUAUCAUUUGAUUUUGAUUGAAAAGGAGGAUGUGCUUAUUGUGAAGUGUUUGCGUACUCGUCCAAGAUAAUUGCACUAACUGAAUUCACUACUUAUCCUGCAGCUGCGAUGAAAAUGAAUCAUAAUGUAUUUAGAUGUCUUAGUGUUAAAUUGAUAUAUUUUUUACAAUAGAUGUAUAAGUUCUUAUCCUUUGUUGUUGAAGACGUACUGCAAUGUAAUUUUUUAAAAA